CAAGAGAUAAGGAGCGAGAGCGAGAGCGAGAGAGAGAGAGAGAGAGAGAGAGAGAGAGAGAGAGAGAGAGAGAGAGAGAGAGAAUACAGAAACACAAGGACAAAAAUAGAGGAAAAAACAAGAAAACAAAAAAAAACAACGAAACAGGAACUAGGAAGAGAGAGAGAGAGAGAGAGAGAGAGAGAGAGAGAGAGAGAGAGAGAGAGAGAGAGAGAGAGAGAGAGAGAGAGAGAGAGAGAGUGUGUGUGUGUGUGUGUGUGUACGAGCAAGCAGGAUGAAGGAAAACAAGCUUGUAAUAUUAGGAGGAGGCGGAGUCGGAAAAACAUCUUUAGUACUACAGUUUCUACAAGGAAUAUUUAGCCCAGUGUACAGACCCACUGUGGAGGACUGCUACAGCCACACUCUACAAAUGCCAAGUGGGCUUUUCCAGGCACUUGAGAUUCUGGACACGUCAGGCACCCACUGUUUUCCGGCCAUGAGAGAGCUGUCCAUUAGAUCCGGAAGGGCGUUUCUCUUAGUGUUCGCAGUUAACAGUCAGCAAAGCUUCUACGAGGCUCAAGCACUGUGGUCACUCAUUCGCUCUGUUAAAGACGUGGACAACAUCCCCGGGGUACUGGUGGGGAACAAGGUAGACGUGGCUGGAGAACGUGAAGUCUCCUGGGAAGAGGCUCAUAGCUUUGCGGUGGAGCACAUGCAUUACGGAGCCUACCUGGAGACCUCUGCUAAGUUCAAUCUAAAUGUCGAUUUGGUCUUCAAGGAGUUGCUUAUCCUCGCGUUUGGUCUGGGCAAGGAUGAGGCUCUGGCACCACGUUGGGCACUGUGUCCUGCCUCUCUACUGACGAUGACUCCCCGACCCUCCCCCUCCGCCGCCUCCAUCCUCCACCACCACCACCACCAGCGAGGGAGUUUUGUUUUGCAAGACAACGAAGAGGAGAACAGGAACAACACCAGACUUUAUCAUAGUUUAGUGAUUACCAAAGAAAAGUGUAACCCUCCCCACCCUACCCCUCCCCCCCCCAAGCACGGGUCUUCCUACGUCAGUGAGGUGAGAGGCUUUGAAAUUUUCCUGCGACACUCGAAAACCUGA